CGACGAAGGACCCACCAACGGCGGCUCAUCGUUGGUUUCCCGGAGUUUCAGGGAAAAUAGUUCGUGUAAAUGAAACUUUAUCCAUCUGAAAUCUGAAACAUCUCAUUUAACACUCCGCUUUGAGCCGGGCUUAGCGCUCUGAUAGCAGCCCCUGAAGAACACAGUGUGGAACCAACCAAACGGGAGCCAUGUUUCUCUACAACAUCACCCUGCAGCGCGCCACUGGCAUCACCCAUGCUAUCCAUGGAAACUUCUCAGGAACCAAGAUGCAAGAAAUUGUUGUUUCCAGAGGGAAAAUCUUGGAAAUAUUGCGACCAGAUGCCAACACAGGAAAGGUGCACACUCUUCUCACAGUGGAGGUGUUCGGCAUCAUAAGAUCCCUGAUGGCCUUCAGACUUACAGGAGGAACCAAAGAUUACAUUGUCGUGGGUAGUGACAGUGGCCGUAUCGUCAUCUUGGAGUAUCAUCCAUCAAAAAACAUGUUUGAGAAGAUCCACCAGGAAACGUUUGGGAAGAGCGGCUGCCGACGCAUUGUUCCUGGACAGUUCCUGGCUGUCGACCCAAAAGGCAGAGCUGUUAUGAUAGGAGCGAUAGAGAAACAGAAGCUGGUCUAUAUUCUGAACAGAGAUGCUGCUGCAAGACUGACCAUCUCCUCUCCACUGGAAGCCCACAAAGCAAACACCCUGGUCUACCAUGUAGUCGGAGUCGAUGUCGGCUUUGAAAAUCCAAUGUUUGCCUGCUUAGAAAUGGACUACGAGGAAGCUGACAAUGACCCAACAGGAGAAGCAGCUGCAAACACACAACAGACACUCACCUUUUAUGAGCUGGAUCUCGGCUUGAAUCACGUGGUGCGCAAGUACAGCGAAGCUUUGGAGGAACAUGGAAAUUUCCUCAUCACAGUUCCUGGUGGUUCUGAUGGUCCCAGCGGAGUUCUGAUCUGCUCUGAAAACUACAUCACUUACAAGAAUUUUGGAGACCAGCCUGACAUUCGUUGUCCCAUCCCACGACGCAGGAAUGACCUGGAUGACCCAGAGCGUGGCAUGAUAUUUGUCUGCUCAGCCACCCACAAGACCAAGUCCAUGUUCUUCUUCCUGGCCCAGACUGAGCAGGGAGACAUCUUUAAAGUUACGCUAGAAACAGAUGAAGAAAUGGUCACAGAAAUCCGACUGAAGUACUUCGACACAAUCCCUGUGGCAACAGCCAUGUGUGUCCUGAAGACUGGCUUCCUGUUUGUUUCUUCAGAGUUUGGAAACCAUUACCUUUACCAAAUUGCUCACUUGGGCGAUGAUGACGAAGAGCCUGAGUUCUCGUCUGCAAUGCCGUUGGAAGAGGGAGACACCUUCUUCUUCCAGCCUCGCCCGCUGAAGAACCUGGUGCUGGUGGAUGAACAGGAGAACCUGUCGCCUAUCAUGUCCUGUCAGAUUGCUGAUUUGGCCAAUGAAGACACACCUCAGCUGUAUGUAGCCUGUGGACGAGGACCGAGGUCUACUCUAAGGGUCCUUCGGCACGGAUUGGAGGUUUCAGAGAUGGCUGUGUCUGAGCUGCCCGGUAAUCCUAACGCUGUGUGGACAGUACGCAGACAUGUCGAAGACGAGUUUGACGCCUACAUCAUCGUGUCUUUCGUCAACGCUACUCUGGUUCUGUCCAUCGGAGAGACUGUAGAGGAAGUGACGGAUUCUGGGUUUCUGGGAACAACGCCCACUCUGUCCUGCUCACUGCUGGGCGAGGACGCUCUCGUGCAGGUUUACCCAGAUGGUAUCCGUCACAUCCGAGCAGACAAGCGUGUGAAUGAGUGGAAGACUCCUGGUAAAAAGACUAUCGUCCGCUGUGCCGUGAACCAGCGGCAAGUCGUUAUCGCCCUCACUGGAGGGGAGCUGGUCUACUUUGAGAUGGACCCGUCCGGCCAGCUGAACGAGUACACAGAGAGGAAGGAGAUGUCCGCUGAUGUGGUUUGCAUGAGUCUGGCCAACGUUCCACCUGGUGAGCAGCGCUCUCGGUUCCUGGCUGUUGGACUGGUUGACAACACCGUCCGAAUCAUCUCCCUGGACCCUUCGAACGGGGUGCUGCUCAGGACCGUUUUGGACCCAGUGACCGGUGACCUAUCCGAUACCAGAACACGCUACCUGGGGUCACGACCUGUCAAACUGUUCAGAGUCAGGAUGCAGGGGCAGGAAGCUGUAUUGGCAAUGUCCAGCCGCUCCUGGCUCAGCUACUCAUACCAGUCUCGCUUCCAUCUGACCCCCCUCUCUUAUGAGACUCUGGAGUACGCCUCCGGCUUCGCCUCAGAGCAAUGCCCAGAAGGCAUCGUGGCCAUCUCCACCAACACACUGAGAAUCUUGGCUUUGGAGAAACUCGGCGCCGUCUUCAACCAAGUGGCCUUUCCUCUGCAGUACACUCCCAGGAAGUUUGUAAUCCACCAGGAGACCAACAACCUCAUUUUGAUCGAGACCGACCACAACGCCUACACCGAGGCGACCAAAGCUCAAAGAAAGCAACAGAUGGCUGAGGAGAUGGUGGAGGCUGCUGGAGAGGAUGAAAGAGAACUGGCCGCUGAGAUGGCCGCUGCUUUCCUCAACGAGAAUCUCCCAGAAGCCAUUUUUGGUUCGCCUAAAGCUGGAGCCGGGCAGUGGGCCUCGCUGGUGCGACUGGUCAACCCCAUACAGGGUUCAACGCUGGACCAGGUGCAGCUGGAACAGAACGAAGCCGCCUUUAGUGUUGCAGUGUGUCGUUUUACCAACACAGGAGAUGAUUGGUAUGUUCUGGUCGGCGUUGCCAGGGACAUGAUUCUCAACCCGAGGUCAGUUGGCGGCGGCUUCAUCUACACCUACCGGCUCACUGGUGGAGGGGAGAAGCUGGAGUUUGUGCACAAGACCCCAGUAGAGGACGUGCCUUUGGCCAUUGCACCAUUCCAGGGACGAGUCCUGGUGGGAGUUGGGAAACUGCUGAGAAUCUACGACCUGGGCAAAAAGAAGCUGCUGCGCAAGUGUGAGAACAAGCACGUUCCCAACCUGGUGACCGGCAUCCACACCAUUGGCCAGCGUGUGAUCGUGUCCGACGUCCAGGAGAGUCUGUUCUGGGUUCGUUACCGACGCAACGAGAACCAGCUCAUCAUCUUCGCCGAUGACACGUAUCCCCGCUGGGUGACGACAGCCUGUCUGCUCGACUACGACACCAUGGCCUCCGCUGACAAGUUUGGAAACAUCAGCAUCGUGCGUCUUCCCCCGAACACCAGCGAUGAUGUGGAUGAAGACCCCACAGGGAACAAAGCUUUGUGGGACAGGGGCCUCCUUAAUGGAGCAUCACAGAAGGCCGAGGUAAUCGUGAACUACCAUGUAGGAGAGACCGUGUUGUCGCUCCAGAAAACCACUCUGAUCCCUGGAGGUUCUGAGUCGCUGGUCUACACCACACUGUCCGGAGGCAUCGGCAUACUGGUCCCGUUCACUUCACACGAGGAUCAUGACUUCUUCCAGCAUUUAGAGAUGCACAUGCGCUCUGAGUUCCCUCCCCUCUGUGGCCGAGACCAUCUCAGCUUUAGAUCCUACUACUUUCCCGUCAAGAAUGUGAUCGAUGGAGAUCUGUGCGAGCAGUUCAACAGCAUGGAUCCUCACAAGCAGAAAAGCGUUGCUGAGGAGCUGGACAGAACGCCGCCCGAAGUCUCCAAGAAACUGGAGGACAUCCGCACUCGCUACGCCUUCUAACCACACCCACACACCUUCACACAGCAGCACACUCAUUCUAGGAAUACAUAUAACAAUGUGACACACAAAUUCUGCUGUGCAACCGUUUUCCCCCGUUACGGAUUCAGACUGAUGGCGUCAUGCGGUUGACAGUGAGCAGACACACACUGUGCUACAUGCAAAUACACCAGCAGCCACACUGUCUGGUAACUGUCCUACAUCGGCCACCGAUGACGCAAAUGACCCCUUUCUCAACGCUGCAAUUACCUGCAAUGAGAAGUGCGAGCUGUUUACAGACACGCCACAGAUAGAUGUUCACCAGAGCAGUUACUGAGAAGUCAGCGUCGGUGUUUGACACCUCGUCUGUGCUGUUUGUCAGCAGAAACCACACAUGCAGCCGCUACACGGAAACAUGAUGAGUCUCAGCUCUUUUAACAUUACGAGACAGUUAUUUUUUCACACGUACAGCCGUGUGAAAAUAAUUCAGAAGCAGUUUUUGCUCUGUCAUCUGUUCACAUUAUCACACUGAACUGAAAUCUUCUGCGAAUGAGUGAAUGAAGACAUUUUAUUUAAAGACUUUUUUUUUUUUUUUUUUUUAAGAUUUCCCCAAGUAGUAGUUAUUCCCUGAUGUACACCAAGUGUGGAGAUUGAUUUCAUGCUGUCUGGACGGAUGAGGCAUGUGAGCCUGACAAUAUUUUUGUGUCUUUAACGGGUUAUUUAGAAAGAAGAAGUAUUUCAUUUUGCGUGUCCUCUAACUUUGAUCUCAACAAAAUGAAUUUUUGUAUGGUGUGACUGUUUUAAUUUGUAUUCAUUAGAAUCAUCUGUUAAUGAUACAUAUACCAUGGUCCCAGAUGGUACUGUCAAGCCUCUCUCAGCCUCUCACCCUACCUGUCUUUUUGAGCUCAUUAAAGCAUAUUGCUUACUUGCAGCCAAACAGAAGCUGACCUCUAAACCGAGUCCAAGCUUCGGGCCACGGUUCAAGAAGUGUUGCCAUACUGCGGCAUUAGACGACGGGUGCACGCAGACUAAAUAAGUGGGUGGAAAAAUACUGCAGGUUUGCACUGGGUGUUGUUCUUGUCAGUCCAGUAAAUUCCCAACCUCAGCCACAGACAUAGCAUUCCACAGUAGUCACAGAAUUUCGGGGGUUUGUGGGACAGGGGCAGUGGUCUGUUUUUGUAAAUAAAGUUGUUUUUGUACUUUAUGAAA